AGCGCCCGCGCGGGCUAUGGCGGAGCUGGAGGAGGGGGAGCGAGUCUUCGGCAUUCGCAUCGUGAACCUGGAUUACUACACGGCGGCGCCGCUGGUGGACAUGGACGAGUGCUACUCGCAUUUCUUCGGGAGGAGCGUGAUGGAAGUUCCUGUAGUGAGAAUCUAUGGUUCUACUCUCGCGGGGCAGAAGACUUGCUUGCAUCUUCACAAGGCUCUCCCAUACUUUUAUGUUCCUUACGAUGACGAUCUUCCUCAGAGCUUAGAAGAAGCCAUGGCAUUUGUCCGGCGUUUAGCGUUGGCUCUCGAGAGAGCUAUGAAGAUGGCUAGUUCCAUUGGAGCCAAGAGACAACACGUACAUUCUUGCGACCUCGUUCGAGCGAAAAAGCUUUACGGCUAUCAUCCAUCCGAGGACACAUUCAUCAAAAUAACUUUAUACUACCCUCAAGAAGCGAGCCAAAUGAGCGCGUUUCUACUGAGUGGUGGAAUUUUAAACCGCAAGUUCCAACCUUACGAAGCUCACAUCCCUUACCUGCUGCAAUUGAAGAUAGACUACAAUCUGGCAGGAAUGGGACUCUUAGAAGUCUCGAGUUUGCGCUUUAGAUCGCCUUUACCCGACACGCCGAACGAGAGGAAAAGGAAAAUAUCAGCACUCAACACUCCAGCCGCUGAAAACGAUGGCAGCUGGUUUACAUCGUCAAGUGAUUACGACAUUCAUGAUUUUUGGUUAUCUUCGAACAUUCCAUCGCACCAAGUUUGGUCAGAUCUCUCUCAGGAUAAAGCGUCGCCUUCCAGAUGCAGUACGUGCGAGCUAGAAGCUGAUGCUCCCGUAGAAGCGAUCCUCAACAAGGAUUCACUUUCUUAUACGCCUCUCGAGCAAAUAGAUCCUGGAAGAAUGCUCGUGCAGUCUUUGAUACCUAUCUGGGAGGGACAGGAGCAAGAGGACUUGACGAGCAGCUUCCUUUCUCCACAGCCGCAUAAGCAUUUUGCUGCGGAGGCUCUUCAUAAAGAAAUUUUGAAAUCCGUGUGGAUGUCUGGAGCAACGCCACAGCCGCAAGAUAACGAUCUACUUGAAAGCUCACAACCGGCAAAUCUGUAUCGGUCUCCUUCGGCUGCGAAAGGCUUCUCCCAAGAGGUGAAGCCGACGCCGGAGGACAGCCUUCACAAUGAAAUGGCUCAAAGCACGUCUCAACCCGACCUUUGGAAGGCAGCUGACGAGGACGCACUGGAACUUCUCAAGUGGAUGGUGUCUUCCCAGAACAACAAUUGUGAAGGUGAUGUGGUAGCAGCCAACGAGCAAGAUCACGGCGAAAUCGACUUAUGCAGACUUUUUGAAGGUGAUGGGGUAGAAGCGGCACUUCAGAAAACGUUGUCCACGUUUGAGAUUAUGUCGCAAAGGGAGUGCCAGGAUAUUGUCGACUGUUUUGAAGAAGACGGAGAAGAAAAAGAGGUCUUAGUAGCUGAAGAAGGUACUUCUGGAAUCAGAAUUCCGCAGUAUGAUGGAGCAGGGGAUGAAGAACCUCCAGCCGACGUGACUGAGACGGGUAAAAGAGUGGGUAACAGGAGUUGGGGACGGCUUCCGAUAACUGUCAAAGGAUCACCUGCGAAGCCAGGAAAAGAAGAAGCAAGCGUUGCUGUACCUUUACGUCCCUGUGGAUCACCUCAGGAGCAGGCAAGAGAAUCCAGGUCGGAAACUUCAGUCCGUGAUUUGAUGAGAAUCAAACGUGGGAAGCAGAAAGGUGGCAGACAACAGGAACCAGAAACUGAGAGCGCUGUAAAACCGCAAGGCUUGAGGAAAUGCUUGUUAAACCAGUAUGGAGCUCUUCCCUUGCAAAGUCACAUGACCACUGAGCCUGUUGAAACUUCCGGUGACAACGAAAACUCACAGCCAGCUGCUGCAGUGGAAAAGGAUGUAGUCUUGCCGAAGAAUGGAGAGCUGGCGAUGAUUUUUCACCAGCGGCCUCCAAGUAACAAUGAUAUCCUUGCAAGCUUCAAGAGCUACGGCCUGAAGGACGUGGAGUACCCGAAUGUAUCUUAUGGAGGCUCGGAGGAUAUGGAAAAAAGUGCGGCAAUAUUUGCUGGUGAUCCUGCGAGGAGAUUUGAUAUUGAUGAUACCGUUAUCCAUCUUUUAACUCCUGCACUGGCGCCUCCAUCGAAUUCUUCCGUCUGUGAGUGGCUUGCAAAAGAAAACCUCGCGUUAAACUCUUUGCAAAAGGAACAUGUAGCAUCGACACUAGAGACACCAUCCGGCAGACCAGCGUCUCCAAAGUACAAUGAAAUGCACGUACUUUCGGACGAGUUUCAAAGCGGUGAGCACUCAAACACGACGUUGGAAGGGAGUGCUGAAGCUAAACGACGGUCUAGAGAUUUUUCUCAGAUCACAGGCCCGUCCUUGGCGGCUCAUCGGCUUACUCCGGCUAGCCAGACUGGUUUUCGUGAUCCUGCAGCAGCUGGUGCUGGUCAGCAAGUCACAGUCAUGAGCAUAGAGGCUCUUGCUGAAACACGCGGUUCCUUGCGACCGGAUCCGCAUUACGAUUCAAUCAGCUGCAUUGCGAUCGUUGUGGCAGAUGAUACAGAAACAACAAGAGAGACUAUCGCUCUUAUCCACGAUAAAGAGUUACAAGAUGGCAAGAGGCCUUCGGAUGGUCUUUCAUGCUCUCCCAAUACAAGCUACUUCCCCACUGAAGUAGCUCUUCUGCAGUUUUUUAUCGAGUUGGUACGGGCUUACGAUCCAGACAUCAUAAUUGGAUGGGAGAUUCAGAGGCUUUCUUUGGGAUUCCUCGCUGAACGGGCUGCUAAUCUUGGAGUUGGUCUUUUGGCAUCUAUCUCUCGUACUCCACCAAGAAGCGGUCACAACAGCUUGAGCAGCACCUUUUUCUCGGAUGGUGAGAAGACUGGUGGAAUCGCCGAGGCCAACAAAACCAUCAUCCAAGACGAAUGGGGCCGAACUCACGGAAGUGGAAUUUACGUUGGUGGCCGGACUGUCUUAAACCUGUGGCGCAUCAUGCGAGGAGAAGUCAAGCUUAGCAACUACACUAUAGAAUGCGUUGGGGAGGAAGUUCUGAAGAGAAAAGUUCCUCGUAUUUCCUGGCGAGACCUGACAAAGUGGUUUGCAAGUGGAGCCGGAGGAAACAGGUUUAGAUCCGUCGAGUACUUGAUCAACCGAACGGCUUUGAACUUACAAAUCCUUGAUCAGCUCGAUAUUGUAAAUAGAACCGCAGAGUUGGCAAGAGUGUUCGGUAUCGACUUCUAUUCUGUAUUUUCUCGGGGCUCGCAGUACCGUGUCGAAUCUAUGAUGAUGCGCCUUGCACAUUCGCAAAAUUUCUUGGCUAUCUCUCCUUCUAAAGAACAGGUGGCUGCACAACCGGCAAUGGAGUGUCUGCCACUUGUAUUGGAACCAGAAUCGAAACUCUAUACGAGCCCGGUUGUAGUGCUCGAUUUCCAGUCACUCUAUCCCUCCAUGAUAAUUGCUUACAACCUUUGCUUCUCGACGUGUCUGGGUAAAUGCAUCUCUCUAAACCCGAAAGUUCUCGGGGUGACUAAAUUAUGGAUACCGCCGUCGCUACUACGGAGUCUAGUGGAUAAGUUGAUCGUCACUCCCAAUGGGAUCAUGUUUGUUCCACCUGAGAUUGCUCCUGGAGUUCUCCCAAGGUUGUUGCUAGAAAUACUCUCCACGCGGAUAAUGGUGAAAGGCAAAAUGAAGAAACUGGAUGCAUCGCAGAGAGUUCUUCACCGAAUUUUCAAUGCUCGGCAGUUCGCUCUUAAGCUUAUAGCAAACGUCACAUAUGGUUACGCAGCGGCUGGUUUCAGUGGGAGAAUGCCAUGCGCAGAGCUAGCUGACAGUAUAGUUCAACUUGGAAGGCAUACUUUAGAGCAAGCAAUCAACAUGGUGAACAGCAAUCCUGCUUGGGGUGCACGGGUUGUUUACGGCGACACCGACAGUAUGUUUGUACUUUUAGAAGGACGCUCGCGAAGCGAGGCCUUUAAGAUUGGCCAUGAAAUAGCUUCCGCUGUCACAGCAGUGAAUCCUCAUCCAGUGGCCUUGAAGAUGGAAAAAGUGUAUCAUCCUUGCGUUCUUUUGACAAAGAAGCGUUAUGUGGGAUACAGCUAUGAAUCUCCCACUCAAGAAACUCCUACUUUCGACGCGAAAGGGAUUGAAACAGUGCGACGUGAUAGCUGUGCUGCUGUUGCCAAGACAAUGGAGAAGUCUCUGAGGCUACUGUUUGAAACAUAUGAUCUUUCAAAGGUAAAACAAUACCUGCAGCGCCAGUGGCAAAAGAUUUUCAGCGGAAGAACGUCAAUCCAGGAUUUCGUGUUCUCAAAGGAGGUCCGGCUCGGGACUUACAGCACAAAGUCAUCAGUGCUGCCUCCAGCGGCCAUCGUUGCGUCCAAAGCCAUGGCUGUGGAUCCCCGUGCCGAGCCAUGCCACGGAGAACGCAUCCAGUACGUGGUGGUUCAUGGCAAGCCCGGUGCACGUCUCGUGGACAUGGUGGUGGAUCCAUACUCGCUCUUGGAUGACAGCAAAGGCUUCCGGCUGCACGACACUUACUACAUCAACAAGCAGAUCUUGCCGGCGCUCCAGAGAGUAUUUGGCCUCGUUGGAGUUGAUCUUCGAGCAUGGCUCUACGAUAUGUCCCGCGUCUAUCAGCUUCCUGCUGCGAAAAGGCCACGCCAAAACUACCAGGAAUAUGGUGAUGACGGAGGAGGAAGUGCUCGAAGAGGAAGGAUCGACCAUUACUACGCAUCGCAGCACUGCGCAGUGUGUGGAGAUCUCAUGACACAGGGACGGCGGCAGCUAACUUGUCAGCGAUGCUUGUCGGACAAACGGCUUAUAAGUGUCGUGCUUGGUGGUCGAGCGAGCAGAGUCGAAAGAGAGCUCCAACACAUUCAAGCCAUCUGUCACACUUGUGGAGGAGGAGACUCCAGUGGCGAGGUGCUGUGCGUCUCGCUAGAUUGUCCGGUGUUCUUCGAGCGCGUCAAAGUGAAGAGAGAGUUUGAGAACAGCACCGCUGUUUUGAACCAGCUGCAUCUGGAAUGAAGAUAGGUACUUCAUGGCUUUUGGUUUGUAAUCAAACGAGCACAAAGUUUUUAUGAAGUUCUUUGAUAUUUAUUUGGUUAAA